UCGGCGGCACUGCAGUUUUCAAGAAUAUAGUUUUUAAAACUUGUGUUGUUAUAGAUUUUGAUUUUUCUAAUCAAAGCUGCAAGUAAUUCAAUCAGAAAUGUGUUAAAGUGUGAAACGUCUUGAUUCGGUAAACUGAAACUAUCUAUAAUGCAUAAGACAUUCACAAGUUGCUGAUUCCGUUGUCUUUUGAAGAGUUCGUCUUCUUCUGUGGGUGAUGUGAAAACAUCCCGUGUUAGAAAAGUUGGUGCUGUGGCUCGGGAAAAAGAUAAUUUGUUUCCGCACGGACCAUUGACUGGCACGGACCGACUUCAGCGGGGACAAACAUGGCUGCCCUGAGGAUCGCUCUGCGGAAAGUGACAACAGCAUGUACAGGUCAGCUGAUGAACACCAGUGCCCCCGUCUGCACUGGGGGGUCACAGUCUGCAGCAAGGAAGCUUCCUGUCAGGACUUUUGCUGCAGUCAAGGCAGUGAAGAAAGACAAAAAAGGGGAUGUGGAGGAAGUAAAGAAGGAAAAGAGGGUCAUGGAUGACAGAGACAGACACAAGCCCUUUGGGAAAACGGCGUGGGUCCCUGUUGAUGAUGUGUUCAUUCUGAAGUACUAUCCCAGGACUGUAUACAGAGCAGUUGAUGCCAUCCAGAUGCUGAAAAGGUUCCAGGUGUUGGACUUGACUCCUCACAAUCAGCCACUUUACAUUGAUCUGAAGCUGGACAUGAAAUUGGAGAAAAAGAAAAAGAUCGAUCCCUUUGUUAGCACCGUGCACCUACCCCAUCCCUUCAAGACAGCGAUGAACAGAGUUUUAGUUUUUACUGAGGAUCUAAUUCAAGCCAGAGAGGCUCGGGAAAACGGAGCCAUCACUGCCGGGGGGGUGGAGCUUAUUCAGCAGGUCUUGGAUGACCAGAUCUCAGCUGACUUCUAUCUGGCUGUUCCUGAAAUCCUGCCCAAACUUUUACCGCUAAAGAACAAACUCAGGAAGAAGUUUCCAAAGAGCAAGAGGGGAACCGUCAGCACCAACAUUCCCAAGACGCUGGAGCUGUUUAAAACAGGCCACGAAUACUUGGUGGAGAGCGAUUGCUACGUUAGGACGCAGAUAGCCACGCUCGACAUGCCCAGUGAGCAAAUCUUUGCAAACCUGCAGACCAUUCUGAUGGAUGUGUGUUCACACCGACCCGCCAGUGCAGGGCCUUUCAUUGAGCGGGCGAUCAUGGCCAGUCACACCAGUGAGGCUGUCUGGGUCCACUACCAGGAUGCUUUACCAAACACGGGGCAGGAGGGGGGCAAAUGAGACGUCUGAACAUUGCUGGUGAAAGUUGAAAAUAAAGCUCCACAAAAACCUUUGUAUUUUAUAUAUUAGCUUUCGUUGUGUGUGUGUUUGUGUGUGUGCGUUCCUCAGCAUUUGUCCCUGUUUCUAAAUAAAUCCCAGACAGAGAAGA